UGGAUUCGGAUGCCCGGCUUAUAUAUGGAGGUCCUGUCACUUGUGCAGUUUGCAGAGUAACUACUUGUAGCUUGUUAAGAGCAAGAAACUCGUAGCCGGCAAGGAGACAACAGCUGGGAGGGAGAGAGGCGGCUAGCUCACCGACCAAUGGCGAUGGAGUACUUGUCGUGGUGGCCGACGUCGUCUUGGAUCAGCCCCGGCGCGGCGUUGUUCCUGUUGUGCAACGUGCUCGUCGGCGCCAUCGUGGUCACGUCGUCCCGUGGGGAGCAGGGCGGCGGCCGCGCGGCUGCGUCCACGCGGAGGCUCUGCCGCAGCGCGUCGUCCAUGGUCCUCGGCCGGCUCCGGUCCUUCUCCAUGUUCGCCGUCCACGCCGUCCCCAUGGAAGACGGCUACCACCCGUCCCUGGAGCUGGAAGCAGAGGCGUACCAGCCUCAACCGGACGCGGCAGAGCCAGCGAUCCCCACGGCGACAGCGAGCGCGCCCGUCGUCGCCGCAGCAUCUGCAACGCUGUCAGAGAGCGCCAAGGAAGUGGCUGAAGUGGGAAAGAAGGACGAGCCCAUCAGCUCCGACGAGGUUCAAGGGACGAAGGGUCACGCGCAGCAGCCACCGUCACCAUCACCAGCUGUCGCCACCGCCGCCGCCGAGGCAACUGCGGCCGCGGAGCGACCGGCGACGGUCGUGGGGUCGAUCGUGCAGCGCGCGCGAGCGUGCAGGCGGGAAUUUGUGGAGGAAGCGCUGGAAGGGAAGGCGGCGCUGAACGCGCGGGCGGAACUGUUCAUCCGGCAGUUCCGGGAGGACCUCAAGCUGCAGCGCCUCAACUCCAUCAUCAACUACACCCGUGGGCUCCGCCGCGGUGCUGGCGGUUCGGCACCGGCCGCCGGGGAGUAGCUCCGAUCCCACGUGGGUUGCUGCUGCUCCCGUGGGCAAUAUAAUUGUUUUGGCUUGUUCAUGUAGAGAAUUUGAUUUUGUUGCUCACGAGAGGGCGACAACAUAUUUUUUGAAUUUCAUAGUGUGCUGCCUUUGCCUAUAGCAGAGUUUUGGUAAAGAAAAGUCCUCCACUCACCAGUAGGCCCAUAUAUCCACAUAAUGCAGUAAUUUUCAAACA